AAUUAAACACAAUCAAAUCUCUCUCUCUCUCUCUCUCUUUCAUUAGAGACACUGCUUCUCUUUUUCUAGCAUCUGAGUUCUCUCUCUUUGAGCUUUUCUCUGUAGGCUUUCCUUUGGCUUUUCAGCUCUGAAUUAGUGAAUUGUUCAAUACUGGGAUACUGCAGAACCUUAGCGAAGCUUUCUGAAGAAGACUAGACAAGGAAAACCAUCAAAAAAAGAGAAAUUUCCAGAUUUUAAAAAUUUUAGGUGCAAGAUGGAGAAAACCUUGACUUAAUGUUCUUGUCAAGGAAGAUUGAUUCAAAAUUCAAAGAGAAGAUGACAAGGAGGCAUUGGAGAGAGUCUAUAAAAUCCCUCUUUGGUAAUCACAUUGAUCCAGAGCACGAUGAAAGGCUAAAAGGAACUAAAUCAGAAAUUGAGAACCAAGUGAAGAAGAUCUUGAAGCUACUCAAACAGGAAGACCUUGAAGAAAAAGAUGGACUUUCAGUAGAAAACUCCAAAAAAGAACCUCUGGUUGAGCUAAUUGAGGAUUUCCACAACCAGUACCAAUUGCUUUAUGAACGAUAUAAUCAUCUGACAGGAGAGAUAAGAAAGAAAUUUCAUACGAAACAAGGAACAGAUACCUCUUCUUCAUCAAGCUCAGACUCAGAAUCUGAUUAUUCUUCCAAGGACAAAGGAAAUAAAAAUGGAAAACUCAAAAGUGACUAUCAGAAGAUAGCAGAUGUCACAAAGCAAGAACUUGAAACGACAAAUCUAGAAGUUGCAGAACUGAAGAGUAAGUUGACAGCUACCAGUGAAGAAAAGCAUGCUUUAAAUUUGGAGCAUCAGGCAGCUUUAAGCAAAAUACAAGAAGCAGAGGAGAUCAUUAAAAAGUUGAAGUUUGAAAUAGAACGAUUAGAUGUGGAGAAAGGAAAACUUUUGGUUGAGAAUGGAGAGUUAAAGCAAAACCUUGAUGCUUCUGGCAAUGUAGAAGCAGAACUGAACGAGAGAUUGCAGGAGAUGAGCAAAGAGAAGGACAACUUGAUUGUGGAGAAAGAGAUUCACAUGAAGGAGAAAUUGAGUGAGAAGGACAGAGAGUUGUCAUCCCUUGCUUCUGUGCACAAGGCACAUAGGAAUGUAUUGUCAGCUCAGAUAAAGGAAUUAGAGGCUCGAGUGACUGGCCUGGAACUGGAGCUUGAGUCAUUUAGAGCCCAUAAUAGAGAUAUGGGGGUACAGAUUGAGAGCAAAGUGUCUGAAAUAAAAGGACUGGGAGAAGAAAAUUUACUACUAAAAGCCCAAAAUUCAGAACUUGAAAUAAUGUCGAAAGAGAGAGGAGAUGAACUGUUGGCUCUUAGAAAGAAACUUGAUGAUGAUGAGAAGGAAUCAUUGUCUAAAGUAGAAAGCCUGACAGCACAAGUCAACACUCUUCUAGCAGACUUGGAAUGUUUAAACACCCAGAAAGCAGAAUUGGAAGAACAGAUGGUAAGUAAAGGCGAUGAAGCAUCAAGUCAAGUCAAGGGUCUGAUGGAUCAGGUUAACGAGUUACAACAGCAAAUGGAGUCCUUACACAAUGAGAAAGCUGAACUGGAAGUGAAACUGGAGACGAAAACUCAGAAAAUUUCAGAGUUCCUGGUUCUGAUAGAAAAUCUGAAAGAGGAGAUAGCACACUAUGCUGAAGAUUAUCAGAGGAUUCUUGGAGAGAGAGAAAGUUUGACAGGGCAAAUGAAAAAUCUGGAAUUGGAGGUGGAGAAUUUACGAAACCAGAAAACUGAUCUUGAAGAGCAAGCAAGAACUGAAAUCAAAGAGAGUGGACGGUUAGGAGAGGAAAUGGUGGGGUUACAGAAUAAAAUUUUUGAUUUUGAAAGAAUGUUAACGGAGAGAAGGCUAGAUUACUCUGCCCUCCAGGAGAGACAUGAAAAAGGAGAGAAUGAAGCUUCUGCUCAGAUAACGGCCUUAACAACACAAUCUAACAAUCUGCAACUGGAAUUAGAUUGCUUACAGGAUGAGAAAAACCAAUUGCAGUUGCAGCUUCAGAAAGAGAUACAAAAAUUUUCAGAAAGCCUGAUAGAAAUGGAAAAUCAAAAGUCUGAGUUCAUGAGCAAAAUUGCAGAUCAGCAAAAGGUGCUGGCAGAGCAGGAGGAGGCAUACAGGAAGCUGAGUGAGGAGUAUAAGCAGGUGGAAGGUUGGUUCCAGGAGAGCAAGGAAAACAUCAAAGCAGUUGAAAGGAAAGUAGAAGAAAUGGCAGAACAAUUUCAGAAGAAUGCCAGUUCCCAAGAUCAGAAAGUAGCUGAACUGGAAGAAACAGUUGAGGACCUGACAAAAGAUCUUGAAGUAAAAGGAGAUGAACUCAAUACCAUGGUUGUGAAUGUCCGCAAUAUUGAAGUUAAGCUCCGGUUGUCAAACCAGAAGCUCCAUGUCACAGAACAAUUACUAACUGAGAAGGAAGAGAGCUUUAGGAAAGCAGAAGCAGGUUUCCAGCAUGAGCUGAGAGUGCUGGAGAAAAGGAUUGCUAUGCAGUUGGGGAUGAUAGCUGCUACCAAUGAAGCUUGUCAGAGUAUGGUCACAGAUACCUCAGAGAAAGUGAACAGUACUUUGACAGUACUAGAAGCUUUGACCCUUAAAUAUGAAGAGGACUGCAACAGCUAUGCACAACGCAUUUUGGAAAUGUCAAAUGAGAUUCAGAUUGCAAAGAAUAGGGUAAUUGACACGAAGAAUGAGAAGGAAAAACUUGGAAAAGAAGUAGGUGAUCUAGUAGUACAACUGCAAGUUACAAAAGAACAGGAAUCGGCAUUGAGAGAGAAGGUUGAACGACUAGAGGUUGAGAAAGAGAAAUUAACUAAAGCUGUGAGCCAAUUGGAGAAAAAGGUGGCAGUGUUGGAGACAAUGAUGAAAGAGAAGGACCAAGGUAUAUCAGACCUGGGCGAGGAAAAGAGGGAGGCUAUAAGGCAGCUGUGCCUCUGGAUUGAUUAUCACAGGAGUCGCUGUGAUUAUCUCAGAGAAAUUCUGUCCAAGAUGCCUGUGAGAGGCCACAGGGCAGCGUAGAAGUCAAUACUAUUUGUCACAGGAGUCGAUACUUCUUGUGGCAAUAUAAUGUUUCGUUGCUUCAUUUUUCAAAAAGGAAUUGUCAGUGUCAGCCUCCUUCGGUGAUGGUUGAAUAUUAUUGGUUAACAAGCAUCGUAAGCCUUGCUUACAUUUGAUUGAUCAAUACCCGGCUGUAUAGAAUUCACGGUCACGCUUUGGUUUGUGCUUGAAAA